AUGGCGGCCGUGUUGCGAGGGACCCAGUACCUAGUGGGAAGGCGGUGCAGGAAUGUUCAAUAUGCGAUUGCCUCCCAGAGGUCCAUGGCCUCCAAGACACAGGUGGGCUUUAUUGGCCUUGGAAAUAUGGGAAACCCAAUGGCCAAGAAUUUGCUGAAAAACGGAUACCCAGUAAUUGCCACAGAUGUCUUCCCAGAGUCCUGUAAGGAAAUUCAGGAACUGGGUGCCCAGAUUGUUGACAAUCCUGCAGAUGUAGCAGACAAGGCUGACCGCAUUAUCACCAUGCUUCCCUCCAAUCCCAAUGUUAUUGAUGCCUAUACUGGAGCUAAUGGAAUUCUCAAGAAAGUGAAGAAGGGUUCAUUGCUGAUUGAUUCCAGUACAAUUGAUCCGGCUGUUUCCAAAGAGAUGGCGGCAGCUGCUGAGAAGAUGGGAGCAGUUUUUAUGGAUGCACCUGUGUCAGGAGGUGUGGGUGCCGCCAAUUUAGGAAAGCUGACUUUUAUGGUGGGAGGAGCUGAGGAAGAAUUUACUGCUGCCAAAGAGCUACUUAGCUGCAUGGGAGCCAAUGUGGUGUACUGUGGUCAGGUUGGAACUGGACAGGCUGCCAAAAUCUGCAACAACAUGCUCCUUGCUAUUGGAAUGAUCGGUACGGCAGAAACAAUGAAUUUGGGAAUCAGGCUUGGUCUUGAUCCAAAACUCUUGGCAAAGAUCUUAAACAUGAGUUCAGGACGUUGCUGGUCGAGUGACACCUACAAUCCUGUGCCUGGAGUGAUGGAGGGAGUCCCGUCUGCAAAUAACUACCAGGGAGGCUUUGGCACCCAACUCAUGGCAAAGGAUCUUGGUCUGGCCCAGAACACAGCUACCAACACAAAGACUCCUGUUCCACUCGGUUCUUUAGCGCAUCAGAUCUACCGGAUGAUGUGCGCCCGUGGUUACGCCAGUAAAGAUUUCUCCUCUGUGUUCCAGUUCUUGCGCGAGGAGGAGGGACAGUAA